AUGGAGGAAUUGAUGAAAAUCAUUGAAGAAUUAGUUGAUGGCGUGAACCAUAGAGUGAGUAAGAUGGAGGAAGAGGUUAGAGCAAAGAUAAAUAGCUUGGAAGCCAAAGUGGAAGAAGUGACGAAGAGAAUGAACGAGGCAAGGUUGGAGGAGGUUCGUGUACCCUUCCCUUGCUUCGACGGCUCGGAGCCUAGAGGAUGGAUCAUCAAGUGCUUGAGGUUUUUCCGGAUCUACUCCCGUUUCACUGAGCAUCAGAAGGUGUUGUACGCCACGCAGCAUUUCGAGGGCGAGGCGGAGGUUUGGAUUCAGCAGUUCAUGAAGGAGGGGAAGGAGAAUCUGCAAUGGCGAGGUUUUGUGAAGGCGAUUCUCUGCAGAUUUGACGAGGGAGACUUGUUUGAUGAUUUCAGAAAUUUGAGACAGACAGCCAGUGUUAGAAAAUAUACGGAAGAAUUCGAAGCACUGUGUGGUCUGCUGAGCUUUGUGCUUGAAGAAGAAGAAGGUUCAAGAGAUAAAUAUCUCACGCAGUGUUUCAUUUCUGGUCUCAGAGGAGAAUUUAGGGCAACGCUGAGAAUGUUCAACCUCUCUCAUCUUCAGGAAGCCUUCAGGAUUGCCAAACUUUACGAGGCCAACUUACAGGAGUUAGUCAAAAUCCUACACCCAUAA